AUGCCUGCUGCUUUUCAGGACUCUUUUUUUGAGGCAAUGUCUGACCCUACCAUGAACAGCCCAGACGGCGCGGGCGGCAAACGCAAGCGUGAGGGCUCUGAGGACUUGGGCCACGACGCGCAGCGUCUGAAUCGAUCGUCCCACGGAAGCAACGGCAGCAUGCCGGAUAAUCAGCAUGCCUUCAGCCACUCAAUGGGCUAUGACCACGGUCUGGGUAACGCAGGAUCUGAACUCAACAUCGACCAGCAGAUUCUCCAGCACGUCGGUCCCCAGAAUGGAUUGUCGGAUGAUAAUGCUCUUACGGCCAACGCCAAGGCCGCGCUGGCCGCGCAUGCUCCCCAACACAAAUACCCUCCGCCCCCAGAUGCCGCCGCAUUCGACGCGAAUAACCUCACUCAAGGUUUGAAUUUCGGGGAUGACAUGGGCCAAGGGCCCAUGCCGGGCCCGCACAACCACAAUUCCACUGCUGCCGCCGUUUACGCUGCCCGGGAGGCUCAAAGCAUGAACCAGAAGCCCACUGUUGGGUCCCCUGAGUGGCACCAGAUUCGCAAGAACAAUCACAAAGAAGUUGAGCGGCGACGACGUGAAGCCAUCAACGAGGGCAUCAAUCAGAUUGCUCGGCUUGUUCCAAAUUGCGACAAGAACAAGGGAGCGAUCCUACAACGCGCAAUUGAAUACAUCUGCCAGCUGCAGGAGGAUAAGAAGAACAUGGAUGAGCGUUUUGAACAACACAGUCUGACAGCGAAUCACGCCAUCAAUGAGAUCAGCGCUUCCAACCAGAAAUUGAAGCAGGAGCUCAGCCGCCGCAACGCGAUCGCUGCCAAGUGGCUUCAACGCUGCCGGGACGCUGGCCUGGAAUUCGACGACUAUGAGGAAGCCAAGGAGCUUGAGACUCUCGAUGGCUUGGAGUAA